AUGGGCAAGCGGGUGAAUGGGACAUGGGGACAAUUGGGGUUGGUUGAUAUUUGUAACAACAAAUUUGGAGGGAUAUUGCCCACAUCUAUAGGAAACUUGUCGACCACUCUUGUUGGAUUUGAUGUUAGUUUCAAUCAGAUACAUGGAGGCAUCCCAAAUGGGAUAGGCAAUCUUGUUAACUUGAAUAUUCUGUUUAUGAACUAUAAUCAAUUUACAAGAAACAUCCUUGCUGAUAUUGGGAGGCUUCGAAAAAUAGGGAGGUUGGGUUUGGACAACAACAAAUUAUCAGGGCACAUCCCAUCCUCUGUUGGGAAUUUAACAGAGUUAACCACACUCGAAUUACAAGGAAGUGAUCUCAAGGGCAGCAUCCCUCCAAGUUUGGGGCAAUGUCGAAAGCUACUUCUGUUGAAACUUUCUCAAAACAAGCUUAGUGGUUCAAUAACCCAAAAAGUUUGGGGUCUCUCAUCCUUGUCAGUGGUUUUGAAUCUAUCUCAAAACCACUUGACUGGGUCCCUUCCCAUGGAAGUUGGAAAUUUGAAAGGUCUAAGGUCUUUGGACCUUUCUGAUAACAUGUUAUCUGGGGAACUUCCCAGAAAUCUUGGCAAGUGUGGAAGUUUAGAAGUCCUCCGGUUGCAAGGCAACUCCUUCCAAGGGACCAUUGUUUUGCCUUUCGAAACAUUGAGAGGAAUUCAAGUUUUGGAUCUUUCUCGAAACAAUCUGUCGGGAAAGAUUCCACAAUUCUUGGAGGGUUUACGUUUGCUGAAUUUGAAUAUAUCUUUUAAUGAUUUUGUGGGCAUGCUGCCAGUGGGAGGUGCCUUCAAAAAUACCAGUUCAACUUCGGUUGUUGGAAACAGCAAGCUCUGCAGCGGUGUUGCUGAAUUCCACCUGCCCAAAUGCAACUUUCCAUCCAAAGAGUCCAAGAAAAGGAGGAUGACCCUUGCCUUGAAAUUAAUAAUCUGUAUAGUCCCUGCCCUUGUGUUAAUCAUCCUGGUCUUGUCUUUCCUAUAUCUGCGUCCAUUAAGGAAGAAGCUAAGAAAAGAGCAUGCCCCAAGCAAUUUGGAGAAAAUUUUGCAAGUGUCAUAUGCCGCUCUUGUAAAAGCUACCGAUGGGUUCUCUUUGACUAAUUUGAUUGGUGAGGGCAGUUUUGGAUCUGUGUACAAAGGAGUUCUUGAUGAUGGUGGAGCUCAGUUGGUUGCCAUAAAAGUGUUUAACCUAUUACGUCAGGGGGCUUCGAAGGGUUUCAUAGCAGAGUCUGAGGCUUUGAGAAAUAUCAGGCAUUGA